UCUACGCUGAGGUCAUGGCGCUGGACGCAAGGCGAUUAUGGACAGUCACAGGGCUUGCCCUCGUGGUGGGGACGAAGGGCUUCGUGCACCACCCACCGCCUUGUGCAGCAAGAGGGGCUACGGAGAUGGGUCGAAACUCGGCGUCUCGCUCUUCACCCUCGCCUGCUGCCCAGCGUGCGUUGCCACUGCAAGUCGCGCGGAGAAGGCCACGCGCUGUUGAUGACGCCGCUUCGUCGUCGUGGGGCUGCUACGAUCGCAACGCGGGCAGAGGCGCGUCAGCGGUUGGGUCUUUGUUCGCCGUACAGCAAUCGGUCGAUGGGGGAGUCAUGCUCCCGCCCGCGGAGAAGGCCGAUGAAUACGCGGCAUUUUUGUCCGAGUCCAUCCGAGAGCAUCUGAAUGACGAAUGGAUAGAGCAAGACUGCCACAAGGGCAUUGGGGAAGAGGUGGCCAGGCUAUACCUCGCCGCGUUCGAAAAGGGCGACACUGACAUGACCACCCUGGUGCUAGACAUGGGGUCAGCGAUGGAGCAGUUCGACAUGGGGGACGCGUUCGUUGGGGCGUGGGACAUCGCCAACCUUGUGUCGGACUUCCUGAUGGAGAAGAUGGGAGCGGAGACGAGCGGCUGCAGCGCCAAGGCCCCCAAGACCCUGCCCUCCGCUGGCAGCGACGCGUUCUGUCUCACCUCGGACAAGGCGGAACAGAUGCAGGCGGACCUAACGUCCGACUUCGCCCGGUACCGCUUCCUGCUGGACUUGAUGGAGGGCAACACCGACUGGGAGCAGGCGAACACGAUCAUGGCCGUGUACCAGGGCUACCCGGUCGAGGGCGAGGAGGAGGAGGAGAGUGGCCGGCCGGGGGUGCGCCGGGGGUGGUCGGCCUCGUUUCCUGGAGCAACGCCCCCGGACUUGAGCUCGGCGGAGGGCUUGGUGGAGGCCUUGCAAGCAGACUUUCCGGACGACCCGGAUCUGCUCGACGGGCUGGAGGUGAUAGUGGAGACCGUGUACGGAGGCGAGGCGAAAAGGUUGCACCAAGGUGACCCCGACAACGGGGUCCCUCCCGAACCGCUGUACUUGAGACGAUCGACCUUGUGCAAGUGGCUCUACCUCGUGGGGUUUCUGUCGGACGACAUCAAGAGAGCACCGGACGAUCCGGAGCAGCUCGCAGAACUUAUUUCGGGGAGGGCGCGGUUGAAACAUCAAAAGAAAUAA